AUGCGCAGUGACGGCUGCCAGGAAUGCCCAUCAGCUCUCCUCCAAACCAACCAAACCAUCUACACAGAGCUGACACGCGAAUGGUACAGGCGGGUGACAUACGAGAUGACCAUCGGCAUGUCUGGAAUGGAAUUUACGAGUCGCUGUUUCGUGCCGUAUAAGCCACUUCCUCCUGCUUUACCAUAUGUCACACCGCUAGAUCUGUUCUUCUCGAUGCAAGAUCAUAGACGGGGGCUCGAGAAAACAAAACUGCAUGAUGACUCUGGGGAAUAUGAGUGGAUGCGUCCGAGGGGAUGUAUGGAUCUGUUAGGUGAAUUGAUGGGUGAGCUUUCGGGAUUAAAGCGCCUUCAUGUCACGUUUUAUAUGAGUCUCAUUCAUCUGCCGGUGAUUUGCAAGACGCCGGAACUGCUUUCGGGGCUUAUGGAGUGGAAUAUGGAGCCUAUACGGCGGAGACUACGCGGGGGAGUGGAUCUGCAAGAGGAAGGUGAUUUUUACAGUCUAGGUGGUCGUCAGAUGGUAUGA